UUCAAAACUUUCCAUGGACGUGAGAAAAUAAACGAGUGUCUUGUACGUUAGGGACAGCGUGAUCGUUGAUGGAACUACUUCUACAGUCAACAGCAGUGUAUAUCGAGCUAUAAAUAAUUUUACGAACCAGCAAAUCGCAUGGAAAGUAGCUCAUUAUUACGGUAGCGACAUGCCUGAAACUACAGCCUUGUCCUCCGCUCACGGCGGGUUUAUGGAAUUUAGUCCAACAAGGAAUGGCGACAAGGAAAACGACAUUGCUGUUUUGAGCCUGGCCUUGUUUUCAAAAGCUCCUUUUGUAUCUUUUGGAACUGUGAGGCUAGGCACAUCCAAAUCGACUGCUUUGCGCAUCGAAAAUCCAACAGAGGAUGCAGAGAUUGCAGUGGUUGUCCAUAAAAUCCCAUCGAGCAAAGGCUUUUCUGUGGACAGCGAUACAUUCACGAUUCGGCCCCAGAGCUCAUAUACCCUGACUCUCACCUGGACUCCAACAGAAGAGGGAGGAAUCAGAGAGUUGAUUAUUUUCAAUGCCAAUGGGGUCCUCAAGCACCAGGCCGUUUUGCUGGGGAAGGCAGAAGCCCCUCAAAAGAAAAAAAGGCGCUUAUGGGAUGUCAUUAAAAACAAGAAGAGGGGAUAUGAAAAAGGAUCUCCAUACAGAACGCCUCUGACGAAGAUGGCUGCCAAUAAAACAAUACGUGUGUCCCGGAAGCAACAGUAUAGAGUCCGCAGUCCUCUUGCUCCCCUCAAUGAUGGAAAAACAAGCAGAGUGAAGUCUAGUGGGGAACAGCGUCUCCUUGUAGCGGAUCAGGUGAACGUGGUCCAUCAGAAGCCCCCUCGUCUUGCGUUAGUCACAAACGAGAACGAGAUGAAUGGUAGUUCGGGCUCCUUGGCUGGGAAGCUUGAAAACAAAGAGGUCGCUAGAAUUUUGGACACGACACUUUCACCUAUCGGGACGCCAGAGCAGCUCAAAAAGCUCAUGCCGCACGUUGAGCUGGUGGAACACGCAGGUCCUGUGACGGUGCCCAAAGGCCCGGCGUUAUGUCUGACCGAUGCGUUGGCACUCAUCAACUCUGAUCUCGCGCCCAUCAACCGCAGUCCUAAAGACUCCAGUUCGAGUUGCGAAUUUUCGGAUUCCCUGGAGUUUAGAAACGAGGGUCCUGACUGCUUCAAAGCCCAUCCCAGUAGCCCAGACCAGUCGGAGUCUACGGAGCCGAGGCUGACUUUCUUUGUCAGGAAAGAGGUUGGUGCUGCCAAAGCCGAAAAGCACAAAAAACUGACCGUCCGAUCUUUCAACUGUGACACGGUGAUAAAAAGCAAAGGAAUGAAUUACGAAAGUGGACGAAAAAUAAAGAAGUCAAGGCGGCGUCUGAUGGAGCAAACACUUGAGUUGUUGGAAGGCAGCAGCCAGAGUGAGUCUGGACCGGGGAGCCCCCAACUUCCCGUGAUAGAACCAGACGCACAAACGGAGAGGCCAGAGGAAAUCGGCAGCAAAACACUCCAGGAAUUGACCAGCAAACAGACACCGAAACUGGAUGAUGCACAAUUUCCUGUUAACGUGCAUGUAAGCUCUCCUCGAGCUCACUCGGGUUUCACCCCCCCCUCUCACAAUGUCCCCCCCGCCACAUUCACCAUGUCCCCCCCGUUACCCCUGGGCCAGUCUUCUCCACUUCACUGCAGCAACGCAUCAAAUCAUCACCAACCUGAAACGGAUUUGCUUCCCUGGCUGGUCUCAGCCAAUCAGUCCACCCAAAACGACUUCUUCCCCGUUCAUACUGUGACAAUGGGCAGAAAGAGGAAGAGUGAGCAUUCGAAAGGCUCCGCUAAGACCGACAACGGCGGGAAAAUUGAGCUGGUUAAAAAGAGUAAAAUGGUGACUUGGAGACAAGAGCCCGGGAAAUCGAUGCAGGACAGCGCCGCGUCUCGGAGGCCAUCGGUCAAGUCAAAAGGUUCUCUGCAUUCAACGAAAACUCCUGUGAGGACCAUAAAGUCGUCCGUCUCGGCUCAGACAAAGCCAGCAAGCGGCAAGCUCCCGCUGCGAGGUGCCGUCUCGCUGAGGUCAUCCAGAACAGAGCGUAGCAAGAUUGCUCCGGUGGCAAUGUCAAAGUUGGUCUUUGUCAAACCCACUCAGACAGCUAUUCCCAGGCAUCCACUUCCUUUUGCUGCCAAGAACAUGUUCUACGACGAGCGUUGGAUCGAGAAGCAGGAGAGCGCUUUCGCCUGGUGGCUCAACUACGUCCUGACCCCGGAUGAUUUCAAAGUCAACACGGAAACGACCAAAGUGAGCGCAAUGGGCUGCAGCGACAAGUUCAGUGUUCUGAAAGCUCCCACCAAAGAAGAGGUGUCUUUCCGCACGUACACAGCCCGGCGAAAAUUGAACCGCCUCCGCCGGGCGGCCUGUCAGCUCUUCACCUCGGAGACGAUGGUCAAGGCCAUUAAGAGGUUGGAGCUCGAAGUGGAGGCCAAGAGGCUCCUCAUCCGCAAAGACCGCCAUCUUUGGAAAGAUAUCGGUGAACGUCAAAAAGUCCUCAACUGGCUUCUUUCCUACAAUCCUCUGUGGUUAAGGAUUGGGCUUGAGACAAUCUUUGGGGAGAUGAUCUCGCUGGAGAGCAACAGCGACGCGGUGGGUCUGGCUAUGUUCAUCCUCCAGCGUCUUCUGUGGAAUCCUGACAUCGCGGCUGAGUUCAGACAUGCCAAAGUUCCUCAUCUUUACAAAGACGGCCACGAGGAGGCGCUGUCGAGCUUCACUCUGAAGAAGCUGCUCUUGCUGGUGUGCUUCUUGGACAAGAUCAAAGGAUCUCGCCUGAUUGAGCAUGACCCUUGCCUCUUCUGUGUUGACGCAGAGUUCAAGACAAGUAAAGACUUGUUGCUGGCCUUCUCACGAGACUUCUUAAGCGGAGAGGGGAUUCUCCCUCGGCAUCUGGGCUACCUCGGGUUCCCGGUGUCUCAUGUUCAAACCCCGCUCGACGAGUUCGAUUACGCCGUGGUGAAUUUGUCUGUUGACUUGAAAUGUGGAAUUCGACUGGCGAGAGUCAUGGAACUCCUCACAAAGGACUGGAGCUUGUCAGCAAAGCUGCGACUGCCUGCCAUCAGCCGCCUGCAAAAAAUCCACAACGUGGAUAUUGCCUUGCAAGUACUUAAAAUCAGAGGGGUCGACCUGAACGACGAACAUGGCUCCAUCAUAAGUUCCAAAGACAUAGUGGAUGGGCACAGGGAGAAGACGUUGAGCCUUUUGUGGAAAAUAAUUUUUUCAUUUCAGGUGGAGCUUAUUUUGGAUGAGCAUCAGUUGCGGGAGGAGAUAGCUUUCUUGAGGCGAUCUCUGCUGUCAAAGCAGAGGUUGGCAUCUGCCAGGGCCGGCCGGGACCCUGCGACCGGCGCCCUCAAAACCAAGGCGCCGUACGACCAUCGUAGCAACAAAAUAGUUUUGCUGAUGGAAUGGGCCCGAGCCGUGUGUGACUUCUAUCAUCUCACGCUGGAGAACUUCACUGUGACGUUCUCAGACGGCCGUGUCCUCUGCUACCUCAUCCAUCACUACCAUCCCAGUCUCAUAGCGGAGGAGUCUGUCCACCACAGCACCACCCAAACCGUAGAUUGCUCAUCCAGGGGUCGCCUGGAGCUCAACCGCUCGGCCCUCGACUCCGACAGCUCUUUUGACGACGCUCUCGAAAGCCCACACGGAACAGGCGCCUCAUGUUCCUUUGCGGAGUUUAAAGAAUUACUGGAAAAUGAGAAAAGCAACUUCCGGCUGGUUAACAAUGCAGCGGCUUUCCUGGGCGGCGUGCCCGCCAUGAUCAACCCAGCUGACAUGUCCAACACCAUCCCCAAUGAGAAGGUUGUAAUAUCUUACGUUUCUUUCCUGUGUGCUCGUCUCUUGGACCUGCGCAAUGAAACCAGAGCAGCUCGCAUCAUACAAAGUGUCUGGAGGAAUUACAGGAUUAAGAAAGACUGGCAACUCUACCAGGAGCGAAACAUGGCCGCUGGGAGAAUUCAGGCACUUGUCAAGCGUUUCCUCCUGCGAUGCCGGGCCAAGAAGCAAAAUGCAGCGUCCAUAAUCAUACAGUCAGCCUGGAGAGGCUUUGUUACCCGCAAGAAGCUGCGGAUGGAAAAAGAGGCAGAGCUCCUCAUCAGGCGGAAUCAAGCCGCAACAAUCAUCCAGGCACAGUGGAGAAAGUUUUCAGUGGCGAGAUAUUACCAGCGACUCCGGUACAACGCCAUUGUUGUCCAAGCGCAGUGGCGAAUGAAGAGAGCCGCCUCUGCCUUUGUGGAAGUCCGCCGGGCGACAACUGUCUUGCAGAGAUAUUUAAGAGCUCAGAUUCAUGCCAGAAACGUACGCAAGCGUUAUCUGACUCUCAAAGCUGCAGUGGUGAAAAUGCAGAGAGGCUACAGACUGCGGAAAAUCCAGAAAACUCAACAAGAAAACCAUGCUGCCAAAAUAAUACAAAGCGCAUAUAGGAAGUGGCAAAUGGAGAAAAUGGCCCAAAGAACAGCUGCCGCCGUCAAGAUUCAGUCUUUUUACAGAAUGCAAAGGUGCUCACGCCAAUACCGAAAGAUCCAAAGAAGCGUCUUGCUCAUUCAAGCCCACUACAGAGGUCAGGCGCAAAGGCGUGACUUUCAGAGGCAAAAGUUGCAACACAGCUCUGCCAUCGUCAUUCAGAGUGCCCUCAGGGGGCACCGCGUUAGGAAGCUGGCCGUGAAAAUGAAACGCGCCGCCGUCCAAAUCCAGCUCUGGUACAGAGCCUCUGCAAGACGAGACGCCGAAAGGCAAAGAUUUGUCAAGAUGCGCCGUGCCGCCAGGACCAUUCAGGUGGCUUACCGUCGGAAACGAAAGCGGGACGCGCUGAAGCGACGGCACGCAGCAGCAACUGCCAUACAAGCUGCCUUCAAGAAAUUUGUUUCCCAAAAGCGCUACGUCAUCCUGAGAAAAGCCACAGUUGCAAUUCAGCAAAAGCGCCGAGCCACACUUUUAGCCCGUAAGACAAAGCGAGAAUAUGACACGCUAAGAAAGGCCGCACUCAAUGUACAAGCCCACUGGAGAGGCCGAGCUGACAGGAUGAGGAUGAAAAAAUACCACCAGUGUGCAACAAUUAUCCGGGCACACUACCGCCGGUACAAGGCUCAAGUGGACUUCCGCUCCAAAAAGGCAUCCGCCGUUGUCAUCCAACGGCGCUACCGGGCUUAUAUGCUCAGAAAGAAAACCAGGCUAGCGUUCCUCCAGAAGAGGGCAGCCUCUCUUACGAUCCAGGCUGCAUUUCGGGGCAUGAAAGUCAGAAGAGACCUGAGGAGAAAGCACAACGCCGCAACCGUCAUCCAGUCCACGCUCAGAAUGUAUUUGAGUCGAAAACGAUACGUUCUCCUUCAGAGGGCGAUCGUCAUCAUCCAGUGCCGUUAUCGAGCUCGACUCCACGGCAGAGCGCAGCGGCACGUGUACAAAGAGCUAAAGAACUCCGCCGUAAAAAUCCAAGCGGUCUACAGAGGCUGGAGAGCAAGAGGAGAAUUCAAGAAGAGAAACAAAGCCGUCAGAGCAAUCCAGGCUCUGUUCAGAAUGCGCAGAGUCCGGACGGCUUAUCUUGCUACCAAGUGUGCCGCAAUCACCAUUCAAGAGCGAUACCGGGCCAAAAUCCUCAUGGAUCGGCAGCGGGAGACGUACAGAAGCACAAAAUCUGCUGCGGUCAUCAUCCAGGCCGCAUAUCGCGGCUACUCCGCCCGCAUGAAGAUUGCACAGAUGCACCAUUGGGCCAGCGUCAUCCAGAGAAGAUUUCGCACCUUCCAAGAGCGGAAUCGAUUUCUGGCUUUGAAGACAGCAGUUUUGGUUCUCCAGCAGCGGUACCGAGCUGUGAGGGCGAUGAGAGAAGCACGGCUGCAAUUUGCGUCAAACCGCGGAGCAGCCAUUUGCAUUCAAGCAGUCUUCAGGGGACACAGGAGCCGAAGGCAGUUGAGCAUCAAGCGUCGUGCUGCCGUGAAGAUUCAGUCGCAUUUCCGGCGGUAUCGGCAGAUGACUUACUACAAGAGGCUUCGAUGGGCUUGCAGUGUUGUGCAAGCUCGUUACCAAGCCAACAAAGAAAUGAGACGAGAGAGGCUGGCUCUGAGUGCCAAGAAACGUGCCGUCGUCGUCUUACAAGCUGCCUUCCGGGCGGUGAUAUCCAGACGACUUGUCAAACAAAAGCAUCAGGCUGCUGCGACCAUUCAAAGAACUUUCCGAGCGCACCGUCAACGCGAGAAGUACCUCGCCCUCAAGUCAGCAGCGCUCGCCGUGCAACGGAGAUACCGCGCCACCGUCGCGGCCAAAGCUCAAAUGCAACAUUAUCAAAACGUGCGCAAGUCUUCAGUCAUCAUUCAGGCCGUGUACAGAGGACGGCGGCUCAGGAAGGAUGUUGCUCGUUGGCAUCGGGCGGCCACUUUGAUUCAGUCUACGUUCAGAAAGCACAGAGAACAAGUCCAAUUCCAGACCGUGCGUCUGUCAGCCGUUGUCAUCCAGAGAUUCUACCGGGCACACAUCCUCCAGAAACACCAGAGGAGAGAGUACCUCAAAAUCAGAUCCUCUGCCAUCAUUCUUCAGGCGGCUUUCAGGGGUCGCUCCGUGAGAGGAAGGAUCGCCAAGAUGCACAAGGCAGCGACGGUCAUACAAGCCAACUUAAAGAGGCACAAUCAACAAUUGCUCUUCAGGAAACAACGCCGGGCUGCUUGUGUCUUACAGCAGAGAUUUAGAGCUGUCAGUCAAAGAAACGUUGAGGUUCAACAUUAUCGAGAAGUCAGGAAAGCUGUCAUUUGUCUCCAAGCCGCCUUUCGGGGAAUGGAAUCAAGAAAAGCCAUCAGACAAAGUCAUCGGGCUGCAACUCUCAUCCAGUCAGCUUUCAGAAGGCACAGAGAAGAAGUCCAAUUCCAGACCAUCCGUCUGUCAGCCGUUGUCAUUCAGAGAUUCUACAGGGCCCACAUCCUCCAGAAACACCAGAGGAGAGUCUACCUCAAAGUCAGAUCCUCUGCCAUCAUUCUUCAGGCGGCAUUCAGGGGUCGCUCCGUGAGAGGAAGGAUCGCCAAGAUGCACAAAGCAGCGACGGUCAUACAAGCCAACUUCAAGAGGCACAAGCAACAAUUGCUCUUCAGGAAACAACGCCGGGCUGCUUGUGUCUUGCAGCAGAGCUUUAGAGCUGUCAGUCAAAGAAACGUUGAGGUUCAACAUUAUCGAGAAGUCAGGAAAGCUGUCAUUUGUCUCCAAGCCGCCUUUCGGGGAAUGGAAUCAAGAAAGGCCAUCAGACAAAGACAUCGGGCUGCAACUCUCAUCCAGUCUGCUUUCAGAAGGCACAGAGAACAAGUCCAAUUCCAGGCCGUGCGUCUGUCAGCCGUCAUCAUCCAAAGAGGCUACCGAGCCCAUGUUCUUCAAAAGAAAGAAAGGCGGCAUUUCCUCAAAGUCAAAUCCUCAGUCAUCUGUCUGCAGGCAGUUUCCCGCGGUCAUUUGGAGAGAAGAAGAAUUGCUGUGAUGCACAGAGCUGCGACCAUCAUUCAAGCAAACUUUAAGAGACAUCUUCAGCAACGGACUUUGAAGAAACAACUCUGGGCCAUCGGCGUCUUGCAGCAGAGAUUUAGAGCUCAACGACAGCGAAGCCUCGAUGUCAAACAUUACGAGGAAAUCAGGAACGCCGUGAUUUGCCUCCAAGCUGCCUUCCGUGGAAGCCAAUCAAGAAAAUCCAUCAGACGCAUGUCUCAGGCCGCUACGACUAUUCAAACAACUUUCAGAGCUCAUUGUCAGUCCAAGCGCUUCAGGGAACUGAAAUCUUCUGCACUGACCAUUCAGCAAAGGUUUCGUGCUACUGCGGCAGCCAAAUCUCACAGGAGAAAGUUCCUGCAAGUGCGCGGCGCCGCCAUCGUCCUUCAGGCGGCAUACCGAGGCCAGCAAAGCCGCAAGCGCAUUGCUCAAUUGCACCAGGCGGCCACUGUGAUCCAAUUGGCAUACCGAAGGCACGUCGAGCUUGUGAAAUUUCAGCUGGUGUGUGUGUCUGUUAUCAUCAUUCAGAAGUACUUCCGGGCCUCAAUGCAGCAAAGGCAAGACAGACAUAAGUUCCUGCAAAUCAAACAGUCCGCUGUGGUUCUUCAAGCUGCGUAUCGAGGUCACCGCAUCAGGCGGGACAUUCGGCGGCAAAGUCGGGCCGCCACUUUGAUCCAGUCGUACUGGAGAUGCUCAGUCCACAGACGCAUCUUCCAGAAGAGGAGAGAGGCAGCCAUGAAGCUGCAGCAGAAGGUCCGAGCAACGCUGCUCGCCAAUGUACAACGGAAGGACUAUUUGCGACUGCGACGGGCUACGAUUACGCUUCAGACGCACUACAGAGCCUGGAUUGGACGGAAACGGGAACUUGAGGCUACCCGUGCACGGAGGAGACUUGGUUUUGCCGCCGCGGUCUACCACCACCUCAGUGCCAUCAAGAUCCAACGAGCUUUGCGAGCACACUGGGUCUUGGAGUCUGCCAAGAGACAGAUGCACUCUGUCAUCGUCGUACAAAAUCUGGUGCGAGCAAGGCUCCAACGGAGACUCUAUCUGGCACAGCGGCGGAAGGUGGUCACAGCCCAGAGAGCAGUCCGCCGUUGGUUAGCCCGUCGACACAAUUCCGCGGCGGUCAUCCAACGUGCCGCUCGCAAGUUCCUCCUCCUCCGGCGCCAAAAGAGAAUUGAACGGGGCGUGGUCAAAAUUCAGGCUCUUUGGAGAGGACACGUCUCCCGCCGACUGAAUGACAAUGCCAAAGUGGUCAACUUGAGACAGUGUUUGCGUAAAGUCUCCGCCGGCGCCCGGGAGGAGGACAAAUUGCGCAACAAAACCGCAUCUGCGCUGGACUGCAUCCUUCGAUACAAGCACUUCUCCUCCCUCCUGGAAGCUCUGAAAAACCUCGAAGUGGCCACCAGGUUGUCCCCUGUGUGCUGCGAGCACCUGGUGGAGAGCGGUGCCACCGGCGUCUUCUUCACCCUCAUCCGCUCGUGCAACAGAAGCGUGCCCUGCAUGGAUGUCAUCAACUUCUCCGUCCAGAUCCUACUCAACCUCUCCAAGUACCACAAAACCAUCAAGAAUGUGUAUUUGGUGGAAAACUCAGUGGAGACAUUGGUAGACCUAAUCCAGCGAUACAGAGGGAAAGCAGGAGAUAAAGUAGCCGAUAAAGGUGGCAGCAUCUUCACCAAAGCCUGCUUUCUGCUGAUUCUGCUCCUGCAAGACAAAAGCCAUGCCGAGGAGGUGAUGCGGUCUCCGAAAGUCUUGGAUAGGCUAGGAAGUAUUUACCGCCUCACCGUCCGCAAACACAAGUUGGAUACGGAAAGAAACGUAACCAAACAGAAGAUGAACGCGUCACUCAAUGGAAGCUUCUACGUCCCGGCAACGCCACGCAAAUCCCAACCCGUGCCCAGGUUUGCACCCGACUGGGUUCUCAGGAAGGACAAACUUGCAAAUGUCGUGGAUCCUCUCAAGGCCAUUCAGAUGUUGGCCAACACUCUCUCCAUUGUCUUGUAAAUAGGUUGUAAAGUUAGCUCAUUUUUUCCUUUGUUUUUAAGAUACAUGGCCACAAUAAAUGCAUUUUUGUUGCUUGA